AUAAAAAGUGCACGCUCGGCAGCUCACUCCACAUUCCCUCCCAGCCUCCCCACUGUGCAGCAAGUGCAACGCAAAGCCAGAGUGGAGAGCUAGCUAGUGAGAGACUUCAAGAAGUAUAGCACCCUCUCGUGGCACGACGAUGCCGCCGCCGGGCUCCUGGUUCUACAUGCUGCGGCGCAAGCGAGGAGGCGACGACGGCGAGAUCAAAAGAGGCGAUCGUGCCCCGGCGGUGGUGACCACGCCGGCGUCGUCGCGGGGGGUGCCGGUGCCGCCUCCGUGCACCCCGAACAGGGCGUCCUGCUACGUCCCCAGCGGCCAGCGUGGAGCUGUCAAGGGGAUUCCGAUUCCGCCCAAGCGCCGGGACACGCAAUUCCCGCGCAGCCCGCAGCCGAGCGACAUCGUCUUCGACGUGGUCACCGUGUCGCGGGCCGCGGCCGACCGGUUCGACGGGCUCAGGGCGAUGCCGGAGCUCAAGCUGCGGCCGAUUCUCACCAAACCGGCCGGCAAGAAGGUGGAGGGGGAGGAGGGGGCCUCGGGGAGCAGCAGCGCGUCGCCGACGGCCAGGGCGCGGCGGCGGCGGCGGCCGCGGCUCUACGUGAAGCCGAGCGGCGGGCGGAUGGGGAGGAGGCCGGCGGACGCGCAGCCCCCGACGAAGACGACCACCGGGCCGCAGAAGCGACGCGCCAGGCGGCGGCGCUGGCUGCAGGAGAGCCUGGUGGUGGUGAAGGAGUCGGCGGACCCCGAGGAGGACUUCCUGGCGAGCAUGGCGGAGAUGAUCGCGGCCAACGACGAGGUCCGCGCGUCGCCCCGGGGCCUCGAGGAGCUGCUCGCGUGCUACCUCGCCCUCAACGCCGCCGAGCACCACCGCGCCAUCGUCGCCGCCUUCCGGCGCGCCUGGCUCGACGCCACCGCCACCGGCAUCAAGCACAGGCCGCCGCCGUCACAGGGCCUCGCUGGCUAAGCUAGUUACACACCACGUGUGCUCGUGUACAGUACGAAAAUGGCGGUGGUUUGUCAAAGUUUCUUCGCGCGAAUCCCCAUGGCCGCCGCCUGCUCGCUCGCUCGAUCGGCUGCUGCUACUGCUGCGAUUCUGCAAAGCUGGAGGAUCGACGAGCGCACGCGCGUCACGGGGUACUCUGCUCUGGUUCCAGUCGUUCUCAAGGGAAUCGAUCGAUCAUGUGUGGUCUUUACAGAUAGGAGUAGGCCUACCUGCGUCAGAAUUUGUUCUUGCUGGGCGAACACCAUCUCGGAUUUUUCUUCUU